AUGGGGUCGUACACCCAUGUCCACUUCAUCAACGCUCCUUUCUCAGCUCCUGAAACCAGCGCGUACUCGCGCAAGAAACCGCUAGAAAGAAUCAUGGAAACAACCAGCACAGAAGACUUCGAAAAGAUGAGAACGUCAGCAGCAAUUCAGAUGCAAAGUUUUGCACGCCGGAAGAUCUACCAUUCUAGGUUCUGGACUUGGCGGGAGAAGCUACAGCAGCUUAAGCGCCAACUCCAUACUGCUCAACUCCUGCGAGAUCAGCUGCUGGCAGCUGAGCUCAAACGUUCCCCGCUGUCUGCCUUCGUGAAGCGAACGCUCCUUCAGAGAGGUCUGCUCAGGAAGAAAGCAGCAGCGUGCAAGCUACAGAGCUUACUCCGCGCCCUUCUGGUGAGGAAGGGAAGCUACGGGAAAGAGGACUGGGAUGGAGUCCUUGAGUCCCUCAGCGACAGUGAGGGAGACGACAGCCUUUCCAAGUUCGGGGACGAGUCGUCGGAGGAGGAAGCGGACGACUUCAACAUGCAGGUUUGCUGUGAUGGGUCACUUGCCUUGUACCUGACUGCUCCUCCCCCACUCUCCUGGCAGUCGGAGGCAGAGCCGAUGUCCAUGAGCCUCUCCCUGCCCCACACUUCCAUGGCAGAAGUGCCGAGACUGAGCUCAGCGGAGGCUAGCAAGGCGUUCCAGCUGUUGGACAGCAAGAGGCGGGGAAGCAUAACGCCCGACGAGCUCCGCUAUGGCCUCGCGUGCUAUCCUUACUUGGCGCAGAAGUUGAACCUGAGCUCGGAGGAGACGGUCGAGCUCGCCAUCUAUCACAUGCUGAGGUCGUCCAACAGCUCGCACAGAAUCGCAUACCAUGCGUUCGCUAGCUACUUCUUGGACGAGCAGUCGGUGAGUGUUUUGCUCAAAACUCCCCAGCCAGGGACGGAGGGUAUGCCGCAGCGGCUCCCUGUCGACGCCUAUGUCGAUUUCCGACUGAUCCGAGAGGAGCUGGAGAGGAAGAUGAAGGAAGCAGAGGAGGCGCACAACAAGAGGGUGCAGGAGCAGGCGGAGAUGAGGAGAGAGGAAAGGCGGGGAGUCGGGAAGCAAGGAGGCGAAGAUAAGAGGCAAGAGAAGGGAAAGGAGCACGGAACGCUGGAGAACAAGAGAGAGGAGCAGAGAUGGGAAGGUAAGAGAGAGGACCAUAGCCUGCCGAUGGGGUUCAAGCAGGUGAGGUUGAGGAGGAGCAGGAACGGAAAUUCCAUCAGGUCUCUUGGUCUUGGUUUCUUUGCGGACAAGGAGACAAAGGACGUGGUUAUCGACGAGCUGCUUGCGGAUUCUCCGGCAGCGAGGAGUCGCGUGCUUGCUGUGGGAGACUACAUCAGGAAGAUAGACGGACAAGACGUGGGCGGCAAGGAGAGCAGAGAGAUCGACGACUUGCUCUCCGGCCCUGCCGACAGCUUCGUCGACCUCUUGAUCCAAGAUCAGUCCGAUGCCCUUCGGGACAAGCCGCCUUCUCCUCGUGUAAGCUCGAGGCCUCAUCAGCACGUGCGGAUCCAGGAGGAACGGAGCAAGGCGUUCGCUCCUGCUCCUCCUGCUCCUCCUGCUCCUCCUGCUCCUCGCUAUGAUCCAAGGAAAGCACUCAACGUUGAGCUACACCUCACCAACGACUUCGAUGACUUCAUUUCCGGCGGUUCAGUUGUCUCCGUUCGCAAAGCCUCCUUCUCCGCACAGGCCACCAACGAGAUCGCGCGCUCGUUGAAUGCUCUCCCUGCCCGCAUCUUCGUCGUCGACGUGUACGCAGGUAGCGUCAUCCUCCUGCUCCAGGUCCUCCCCGCCAUCAAGGGAAGGGACGAGCGCAGCCCGGAGGAGGUGGUGAGGGAGUUGGAGCAACAGAUACGAGACCACAAGUCCCCCCUCCGCAGGUCACCCACGUGCAGGAAUGCCUUCAAGGUGGCUAUCCUUGGAUAUGUCGACGAGCCUCGUCAGCAGCAGCAGCAGCAGCACGAGGAGGAGGAGGAGGAGCUUCCUCCUCCUCCUCCGCAGUCCAUCUCUCCUCGAGGAGACUCCGCCCCUGAUCCUGUGCUGGAGACGAGGAUCAACCCUGUUUUCUCCUUCGUGCCCUCCACGCGCAUCAAGUUCCAGAGGUAUGCCGUGAGGUCCAUCAAGGGAAAGAAGAAACCAGAGGAGCUCAGAGUCACCUCCCCUGCCGGAGAUUCGAGCCUGAAGGUCGAGCAAGAGGAGGAGCAGGAGAACAAGGCUUCGGAGAGGAGCAGGGAGGAGGAACAUCCUUUGGCCAAAGGGGAGGAGUCACCGAAGGAGCUGGAGAUACCCGAAGAGCAGCCUCUCGUCCUCCGUCUUGCACCCAGCACUUUCCCAGCUCCGCUCCCCCCCCCUGCUCCUGCAGCAAACCUCCCCAGCUGGGGUCCAGUUCAGCAAAUGGGCGAACACCCCUCGCCAGUCCUCCACCCUCCUCCUCCUGUCCAGUAUCCUUUUUAUUCACCCUUGUAUGCAACACAGCCUGGGUUCUUCUAUCCUCCAAUACAGCAGGACCUGUCAUCCCAGCUUCCCCAAGGCUUCUACAUGUACGGAACCCAGCCCGCCUUACAACAAGGACUGCAGACUGGACCUCUUUAUCCCUACCCGCCUCCCGUCCCCUUCUCCUCCUCCCCUGAGCAAGCGGCACCAGCGGUCUCCCAUCUCUCACCCAAGGACAUGAGUCACGUAGGAGGAAGCGUGUGGGUGACGGCCGAGCUCGUGAGGGAGCCGGUUCCCCCAAGGAAGGAGGUAGAGAAGCAGGUUCCGAGGAAGGACAUCAUCCUGCCGGGCAGGACAGCUCCUCGCAUCACCAUCCACAGGGAGAGCAAGGAGGAGCUCGAGGCCGCUCCUCCCUCCAAUGAGUUCAUCCGUUCCAUGCGCAUCAUGGCGAACUUGUCGACAGAUUCGUAUGGCUCCCUCCUCUCUGCGAGCACCAGCGGGCGCCAGCAGUCGACGAGCAAGAGCCUCUUCCACGAGCUCUCCGACGCUCUUGCAACUCCCUCCGACCAGUCGGAGCCCCAACAACUGCAGCCCCAGGAGCCUCAGGAGGAGGCGCCGCCACAGCAGCAGCACAAGAAGGAGAAGGAGAAGGAGAAGGAGAAGGCAGCAGACAUGUCAGAGGUGGCGGGGGUUGGGAUCUCGAUCCAGCAGCAGAGCUAUCACGACCACGAGGUCUUCCUCGUCGUCGGCAUGAACGACAGCGGGCCCGCUGCCACCUGCGGCAUGAUCAGCGUCGGAGACGAGCUGGUCGCCAUUGACAACUGGUCGGUGGAAGGAGCAACUCCGGCAGAGCUUCUUGCUCACCUGGUGGGGCCCAUGAACAGCAUGGUCAUGCUGAGCAUCUACAGCAAGUCUGCGUGUCAGACGCUCCACAUCGUCCUCCAGAGGACUGUCAGAGACGUGGGCAAGCGAGGCAGGACAAGCUCCUCCACUCUGCCUCCUCCUCCCUCCUCCCUCUUGUCCAGCCCCACCCGCCCGCAGGACUCGGAGGCAAAGUACAAGGCAGAGCUCUUCGUCUCCGACCUCUUCUCCUCCACCAAGAGUUUGAUCCGCAUGUUCGAGGAGCAAGAGGACACGGCGCUGCCGCUACUCAAGUCCUCCUCCUCCUCCCCCUCCUUCCAGCCCAGCACCAGCAGCGUCUUCGACUGGCAGAGUCAAGGGACCUCCUCUCAGGUGAUUCAUCCCAACACCACAGACACAUCGAGCAAGGUAACCUCCUCCUCCCUCCCUGCUCCCCCGACAGACCGCAGCAACGAGCUCCAGACCUGGACCCACGAGCGUCGAGUGCAGGAGGAGGAAGAGGAGGUUGGAGACGGGGAUCCCUUCUCCUACGAGGAGCAUCGGUGCCAGGACUACCUUGCCCUCAACCUCCACCGGGUCGCCAUGCACGCAAGUCACUGGGAGCCUCCGGAGCCUCUUUUCUACCCCACGUCUUACAGCAAGUCCAGAAACAUGCGGGAAGCAGAGGAGUACGGCAGGGAGAAGCUCUUACCCAUCAGCGAGCCCUCCUCCUCCAAGUUCAACGCCGGCAUGCUCCUGUAA